AUGUCAUUGGACAAGUCGAUCCCGGGCACCGGAGUCUUCCCCGUGGAUCCCGCGCGCAAGAGACCUAAGCGAACUAGGGCGAGCGCGUCAAAGUGCGAUGAGGACAAGCCGUUCUGCAAAAGAUGCAGGAGAGACAGGCACAAGUGCGACGGGUACGCGGAGCCCUUUCAGACUAACCGACGAACGAGCCCCAAGGGCUCGACCUCGCCUCGCAGACGAGCAGCAGUCACGUCGGUAACGCAACUAACCCCUCCGAUCGACUGGGAUGUUUCCGGCACGACCUUGGAAAAGUUGAUGUUCCACCACGUCCACCGGUGUACGGUCCCGGACUUCGGCCUCGCAACGCCUCUGGCCAAGGUAUGGAGCAACUACAUCCUGCCCCUCGGCUACUACGCCGACUCCAUCAAGCACGCCAUCAUUGCCCUCGGCGUUGCCCACAGAGCCUUCCUGGAGAGGGACCCCUCCGCCGACUCGGCGCCGUCCCAGUCCGAUUUGGCGUUCAACGGCCUGGCCGAGAGGCACUACCGGAAAGCCGUCUCGGAGGCGAUCAAAAUCAUGGCCGACCCGUCCCCCGUCAACGUCCGCGUCACGCUCGUCUGCUGCCUCGUCUUCGUCUGCUUCGAGAUCGUCAGGGGCCAGUACGACAAGGCCAUCCAGCACCUGAGAUCCGGGUCGCGCGUCCUGGAGUCGCUCCACCAAGCCUCCUCCCUGGCCAGCCGGCGCGACUCCACCGCCUCGCUCUCGGUGGCCGACCGGUGCCUGGCCGAGACGGUGCGGAAUCAUUUCAGCCAGCUGUGCGACAUCGCCGACAUGUUCACCUGCAUGGGCAUGGACGCUUCGAUGCUGACCGAGGCCGACAUCGUACCGGACCUGUCCUUCUUCACGCAACCGAGGGGGGGCAGUGACGAGAGCAAGCCGUUUGCCAGCGUCUCGGAGGCCCGGCAGUGUCUUCACUUUGUCGAGCUGAUGUUCGUGGAGGCCUUUGACGACCGCUGGCACUGCAGUUCCGAUGGCUGCUGGCACUCUUCGGCGUCGUGCGCCAGUAGUAGCCCGACGCCCGGAUCGCAAAGCUCCGCCAAAGAGGCAUGGGAUAAGGCGACGGCUCGUUUCAGAGCGUGGUGCUCCCGCUUCGAGCUGUUCCAGAAGGCCCUGCCCGAGGGCAUGGGGCCGGCGGAGCACGACGAGCUCAGGGCGCUGCGGUUCUCCCAGAAGAGCUGGGAGAUGUUCAACCAGCAGGACGGGCCCUGUGCCGUGAAGGACGUGAGCGCCGAGGAGCUCCACCGGCUCAUCGACAUGGCGGAGGACAUCGCGUCCUCCUCUCGGGAGGGGCGGCCCAGGCCCAAGUUCGCGCUGGUGGCCGACGUCGUGCCCUCGCUCGCGUACGUGUGCGCCUUCUGCGACAACGCCGAGGUCGAGCGGCGCAUCGUGGACGUCCUGCGCGGCAUGAGACGGAGGGAGGGGGUGUGGGACAGCCAGGAGAUGGCGGACCUGUACGAGCUGGUCCUGCAGGCCAAGCUCGACAACCGGUGGAAGGAGGAGUACAACUGGGAGACGCUGCCGAGCCUCACGAGGAUGAUGUCGAAUAUAGGGGUUUCCAGCCCGUCGACGAGGAGUCUCGUCAGCACCCCGCUGGCCUCGCUCUGA